UUGGACUUGAUCAUCAUAAUAUAGUAUGUUCUGAUGAGAAAGAUGUGGUUAUAGUUAAAGUACAUGAUUAUAUGAGCUUGUUUAUGAUGUUUAGAUGAUUUAUAAGACUAAUACAGAAGGUAAUGUGAUGUAUUGUUCUCAUCCUUGUUCAGAUUAGAGAGUUUUUACAUGCUGUGGUUGAGAAGCUGACCUGGAGAACAGCCUGUGGAGAUCAACUAUGUCCUCACACAAGGCAGAUUUAAACGAGUCUGUCAUCAUUCAUCCUCCAGGUUUCUAUAUCAUUGGAUUUCUGAAUUUCCCCAACAUCAGUGUCUAUAUAAUCUUUCUAGGAGGCAUCUAUGUUGUUUCUGUAGUGUUCAAUAUUUCAUUGAUGUGCAUAAUUGCUUUUGACCAGAGGUUACACUGUCCAAAAUUUCUGGCUGUCGCCAACCUUGCAGUGAUCGACGUAAUCUUGAACACGAGCACGAUUCCUGGCAUGAUCAAGACUUUCCUCCUGAAGGACAACUUUGUUCCAUUCAACCUGUGUCUCGCACAAAUGUUUUUCCACUAUUUUGCACUAGCGAUGGAAUCUUAUGCACUUGCCAUACUGGCCUAUGACCGGUUGAUUGCGAUAUGUUUUCCUCUGCGUCGGAGUGUGCUGAACACACGGCCGAUCAUGUUUGGUAUUGUCAGUGUUUUUUGGGGUUAUAGUCUGGGAUUGCUCGCGUACAGCACGAUAAUCAUGACUCGACUGUCUUUUUGCAAUUCUGUCAGAGUGUUCAGUUAUUUUUGUGACUAUGCACCCGUGUUCAGACUGGCAUGUAAUGAUUACACCUUACAGUGGACUGUGGCUUCACUUUCUAUGUUACACCUAAUUGCCCCCCUUACUUUUAUUCUUUUAUCCUAUCUCAGCAUCCUUGUGACCGUGUUCAGGAUGAAAUCAGUCGGCAGUCGGAUGAAAGCUCUCACCACUUGCAUUGAACACUUGAUUCUUGUCGCUGUGUUUUAUAUUCCUUUAUUCAGCAUUUACUUAAUAGGACUGUUUAUAAAAAGCAUUGAUCCAGACCAGCGUGUGCUGAGUCUGUCUCUGGCCUCUUGCCUCCCCCCCUGCAUUAAUCCCAUUGUAUAUUCUUUGAAAACAAAGGAGAUCAGAAACAGAGCCCUGGCACUCGUCGGGAAAAACCCAAACCGUUGACAACUAUGUACUUGUCCUUUUGUGAUUUUUGU